AUGCUGCUGGUGCUGGCGAUGGGGGCCGGCGUGUGGACAGUGAUCGUGGCAAUCAGCGUCACGCGCGUUCCGUUAUCGGUGAGGGUGGUGCGCUCCGUGACCCUGAGCGUGAAAGAAAAUGCCUAUGUCGACGCGGCCCAGGCCAUCGGGGCUUCGGGUACUCGCGUCAUGGUUAGACACAUCGCUCCCCAGUGCAUGGCUCCUUGGCUGGUGUUGGCCACCGCACACCUCGGUUCGGUGAUCAUCCUCGAGGCGUCCCUCGGUUUCCUGGGAGUGGGCGUGCCUUUGCCCACCGCCACCUGGGGCAACAUGCUCGGCGGCACCGUGUCGGCCGGCCUGUUCCCCCGCUGGUGGAUGGUAAUGUUCCCCGGGUUGGCCAUCACCAUCACGGUGCUGGCGUUCAACCUGUUCGGCGACUCCAUCCGCGACGUCUUGGAUCCCAAACUGCGCGGACGAACCUAA